UAAUGCGGAAGCGGCGGGGUCCUAAAGCUCCCAGAGCCAGUGGGUCCAGGCCAUGGGGCAGCCGUGGGCCUCGGGGAACGCAGAGCGCUCGCCCGCGCGGCUGCCUCUCGUGUUCACUACGCUGUGGGUUGCCGCGGUGGUCCUGGAGCUGGCUUAUGUGCUUGUGCUGGGUCCCGGGCCGCCCCCUCUGGGACCCCUAGCCCGGGCCUUGCAGCUCGCGCUGGCCGCCUUCCAGUUGCUUAAUCUGCUGGGCAACGUGGGGCUGUUCCUGCGCUCGGACCCCAGCAUCCGGGGCGUGAUGCUGGCCGGCCGCGGCUUGGGCCAGGGCUGGGCUUUCUGUUACCAGUGCCAGAGCCAAGUGCCACCACGUAGCGGGCAUUGCUCUGCCUGCCGUGUCUGCAUCCUGCGUCGGGACCAUCACUGCCGCCUCUUGGGCCGCUGCGUGGGCUUCCACAACUACCGGCACUUCCUGUGCCUGCUGCUGCACGCCUCUGGUGUCCUGCUCCACGUCUCUGUGCUGUUGGGUCCCGCCCUAUCAGCCCUGCUGCGGGCCCACGCACCCCUCCACACUGCCGCCCUCCUCCUGCUGCCCUGGCUCAUGUUGCUUACAGGGUUUCACUAUAUAGCCCAGGCUGGCCUCAAACGCACAGCAGUCUUCCUACCUCAGCCUCUACAGGUAUGCACCACCACACCUGGCUCUUGGCAAUGCUUUGAAGAGAGAAGGCUAUUAAGAGACCUGCUCACCUUCUAGCAUGAAUUAGAAAUUGAAAUAGCGUGUUCUGAUGGAAGGGUGAGGCCAGCGGAAUUGCCCUGUGGAGUGCUAAUUCCACCAGUAGAGUAGGCAGGACAGGCUUGGGACCAGCAGUAGGGACAGAUGGAAAGCAUCCAAGGAGCUGCUAGGUGUACACCCCAACCCCUCCCCAUAGCCGAGCAGCUACCUCUUUGGGUGGGGUGGAGUUACUGGAAGCGAAGCUGGUCAGAGGAGCUCUGGGUCUUGCGGGGACUGGAGAAUGUGGGAAUGUGGGGAUCCAAACUGAGGUGAAGUGAAAGACCACAGAUAAUGCUGGGGCUCUCCUGUAAAAUAAUAGCCUUGACUCCCCAGGAUGCCUAGGGGAGCCCACCCUCUGCCAGGCUCUGCCCAGGCCACAGAGGUGACUGUCUCCUUCUCAGCAUGUGCUAUUGCUAUUUUUCAAAAAGAUGUUAGGAACUUGGUGUGCCUCGCCCUAUGUGUGCUGUAUCCUUCCUGCAUCAUCCCCUGCCCUCCACAUAUCUUAUUUUCAUGUUUUUUACUUAAUGGUGAAGAGAUGAAAGAGAAUAUUUAUAACCCCUCCACGCACACACACAGAGGAAACCAUCAUUUCCUCUAAGUCUUCUCUGGCAGGGAACACUGUCCUGUCUUAAUCGUUCCCUUGCUUUGCUUUACAGUUUUGUUAUGUUUGUAUGGUUUUGCUUGUCUUUGAAUUUUACGUAAGUGGAAUCAUAGAGUUUAUUCUUCUAUGACUUUUUUUUUGUUUUUACUUACUGUUACGUUUCUGAAAUAUAUCCAAAUUAUUCCACGAAACUGCUGGGAGUUCAUUUUCCCUGUUCUCCAGUGAUCUACUGGAUAUACAUUUCAUUUUUCUGCUUUGUUCCACUGGUCAUUUAUAUACCUGUGACCUUUGGGAAUCACCCACUGAGAGCCCUUGCUCUUCAGUAUACAUUUCAGAAUCAGCUUGUCCAAUUCCCCCAGUAAAAACCUCUUCAAAUGCAACCAUAUCGAAUGCACAGAUGAGUUUGGGGAACAUCAGCAUCUGUGACACUGAAUCUUCCAGUUCAUGAACAUGCUGUAUCUCUGCAUUGAAUAUUCUCAAUAAAGCUAUCCCUUUGCUUACAAAGA